AUAUUUAAUAACAUAUAAUGUUGCAACCCGAAAUAAUUGAAUUUUUGGCCUCUACUACACCACAAAUUCUGGCAAAGAACAUACCGGUAACUGAAAACAGGGAAUCCAAGAGGCAUGAUAUACAACAAAAAGCCGAAGCUGGAGAAGAAAAAGCUGUAUCACCUUUUGAAUUCAGACCUCAACGACUUCGAUUUGCUGUGGAAGAUGAAUAUUUUGAGGAUGGCGACAUAAACAGACACAUGUACCUACAGAAUAUCGUGACGUCAUUUGUGGAUGACAAACAGCCUCCAACUAUCUCUGAGUUCAGGUGUCACAUUGCAGGAUGCAAACAAUUAUUCGACACACUGGAAGGAUAUGAGCACCACUACAAUGCAUUACAUCGAAACGUGUGCUCCAACUGUAAGCGAUCGUUUCCAUCAAAUCGCCUGCUGGAGAUCCACAUAUUGGAGUGGCAUGACUCUCUCUUCCAGAUCAUGGCGGAGAAACAAUGCAUGUAUGAGUGCUUGGUUGAAGGAUGUGGACUGAAAUUCAAAACGAGCAAAGAAAGGAAAGAUCAUCUAAUCAGAACGCAUAGCUAUCCAGCGGACUUCAGAUUUGACAAGUCAAAGAAGAUCGGAAGAACAACAGAAAAAAAGACUCAACAGAAGAAGGAUGCACAUAUGGAAGUUUCUGCAACCGUUCUGCAACAAGAAAGCUCUGAGUCCAUGGAUUUUUCGCUGACCCCAGAGCCUGUGGAAACAGAACCAAUGCAGGCAGCUAAUCUAAAACCACGAUACUCAUACAAAGUUCCAUCAUCCAUUUGUUUCGGUCAAGGCUCAGUCAGAGGCUUCAGAGGAAGGAGGAAGAAAUAGGCCAAAGCUUUUCUUCAUCGCUAACAGCUCACCACAUGAGCUCAGUAAAGCAUUUGUUUGUUGAGAGCUGUAUUUUUAUAAUAAAAAUCAUGAAAGCAAA